UGUAUUCACAAAUGAAAAUACUUCACCCGAGCACCUCAGUAAUAGAGCCAAAAAGUCAGAUACCUGAAAUUUGAAAGUCAAAAUCUCCUGAAAGAAAUAGAAGCAUUAAGAAAAUUGCAUCUGAUUGUGCAAGUCUAGGUCCAGACAAGCCUUAUGAUUCCAACCGACUAUAGCUUGUAACCCUUUAAAAUCCCAUUCAAGUCAAGAUUACUCCAAAAAGGAUUCCUACAAUUAUGAGGAAAAGGCUGUACUGAGCCAUAAUUCAAGAUACUCCAAGAGACUAAGCCAUCAAAGAGAUUCAUUCACAAAAAUGAACUUUGAUAUGAAUCUUCGAGGCAAAGCUGGCCCUGGAUAUAUUCAAUCAGUUAUUGGUCGCAACAGCAACUACGAGAGCCUGAACCAAUAUAUUAAAAUGAGUAUGAGCAAGAAGUUAGAUGAUAGCAGGAUCGACCUUGCUAGGUCUAUAAACAACUCUGACUUCAAAAAGCCUAUUGGCAUCAAUAGAAAAUCAAAGGAUGCAAAAUACGGAAGAGAGUUUGAACAUAAAAUGCCUAGUUUUAGCCAACAUUUUGCCUCUAAUACACUCAAAUCUAAUAAAAGCAAGCACCUCACCAAUGACUCAGGUGAGAGCAUACAUCCAGGUAGCUUCAAUCAAAAAGAGAGAAAAAUUUCAAAUCUUGACGACUCUGAUUUUGACCCAAUGCUCGUUAAAGGGAAACAAAAUUUACCAAUCAAAAAGCAUGUUGGGACAUUGGGUCAAAUAGCCCAAGAGAUUCCAAAGAAGUACAGUAAAGUUAUCAAGAAGAUUCCAAAAAUUAAUAGCUUAAGUAAUAAUCACAGUUUGAUCAGAAAAGUCAGCCACUCCAUUAAUUCUGAAGAUACUUAUAAAAACAUUCAUGAAAUGGAAGCUCAAAAUGCAGCCAUUCCCAAGAGCUACAGAAUUGCUAAGAUUGGGUACGAAAAUGAGCAUGUUAAGGUGAGAGAGAACCACUACAACGAUGGAAUAACUGACUUCCCCUACUCAAAGGGAAAUUCAGAUAGAACCUCCCAAAAUCUAGCUGAUCUAACAAGGAAUAGCUCAAAUAUCUCUGAAAAAUAAUUUCUUUGGAUAUCACACACUUGAAAAUAAAAUUAAGAACCCAAAUAUUCUCAGAUAUCCUGGUGAAAACUACGAAUCCAAGAUAACUGCUCACAUAGAUCACUCAAUGACUGAAAAUACGGAUAUGAGGAGCAAGCAUAACCCAAGUAAAUUGUCUAAUUCGGCCUCAGAGGUUGAAAGUCCAGCUCAAAGGAACUAUAACCCAGGAAGAAUCACUGACUUUUACACAAUGUCAGAGAUCAUCAUCGGGAAAGGCUCUUAUGCAGUAGUUAAGAUGGGAUUCAAAAACCCUACUGCUGGCACAAGUUCUUCAGAAUGCAAAUAAAGUAGCCAUCAAGAUAUACAACAAGGCAGUUAUAAAGAAAUAAGCAAAAGAGAGGUAGCGUUGACCAAGAGAUAAACGCUUUGUUCAGCCUCAACCACGAAAAUAUAAUCAGGCUUUAUGAUGUAUUCCAGGACGAUCUCUGAAUAUACCUAGUCACUGAAUACAUUGAUGGGGAAUCUCUUCUCUCCUACAUGAAGAAGAAACCAAACAAGAGAUGAAGCAUGGAAGUAAGCAGAGAGCUCUUCAAGCAAAUAAUCAGUGGGAUCUCCUACUGCCACCAGCAAGGAUUUGCACAUAGAGAUAUUAAACUUGAAAAUAUAUUGGUCACCAAACUAGAAAACAAAAAGAAAAUGGCUCUUGAAAUCCCUCUUGUUAAAAUUAUUGAUUUUGGAUUUGCAGUUCAGUACCAAAUCGGAGAAAAGGGGACCACUUAUUGUGGAACUCCAAACUACAUGGCUCCUGAGCUUAUUAAGAAAGAAGAAUUUGACUACGAACUCGUUGAUGUCUGGGCCCUUGGUGUCCUAUUUUACUCUCUUUUAACUGGUCUCUUCCCGUUCAAAGGAGCAAGCAAUAAAGAUAUGUUUUCAAGGAUAACUAAAGGGAAUUAUAUCAUCCCAGAACGAAUCAAAAUUGGUCCGAAAAGACUCAUUAUGAAAAUGCUCCAGGUCAACCCAGAGCACAGAAGUAAAUUAAGAAAUAUCACUGACAAAUGGCUGAUGCAAGACACAGAAGAGAAAAUCCAGGAGCACAAACUCAAGAAAAAGCAAUUAUUUGACCAACUCCAGUAAAAUUCCCUACUAAAACCUCUCUAGCAGCAGUGUUAUUAAUAUAAAAUAAGCUCAACGGGACUACUCAGGACAUACCUCUCCCAGCCAGCCAAUUUUUAAAGAAAAUCAACCGAUCCGAAAAGCCCCUAAAAAUCCCUCCAAACGGUGCCUACAUAAAAAGCUACUUCACAGAUCAGUACUCUCCAGCGACCAGCACCGAAAACAACAAGCUGCCACCCAUCAAUCGGAAGCCCGCCAAAGUGCCUCCAAGAGGGAGGUGAUCCUCCCUCGGAAACACCAUUGCGCCAUACUAAUUGUUAUUAGUCAGCC